AUGUUUGCGGACGCGAAUCACCAUCGCGACGAAACACGAGUACAAACAAUAUGCAAUUAUACGCGACACUUCACGUUACGACGAACAUCCGAUACUACCCGAAACAAUUGCGAUGUUUUCACGAUCAGUCGUGUCCGAACGAAGACGGUCAAAAAGGCCGCAAAGCUUAUUAUCGAGAAGUAUUAUCCACGUCUCACUUUGGAUUUUCACACGAAUAAAAGAAUAUGCGAGGAAAUCGCUAUUAUCCCUAGCAAAUCCUUGCGCAAUAAGAUUGCUGGAUUUGUCACUCACCUGAUGAAGAGGCUUAGGCACAGUCAGGUACGUGGUAUCUCCAUCAAGCUGCAAGAAGAAGAGAGGGAACGCAGAGACAACUAUGUUCCUGAGGUCUCCGCUUUGGAGCACGACAUCAUCGAGGUCGAUCCAGAAACCAAGGAGAUGUUGAAGAUGCUUGAGUUCAACAACAUCACUGGACUCCAACUCACCCAGCCUGUACCACAAUUUAGCAGACGUUCUUAAAUAUCCCUCCUUCACAUUAUUAAGAAAAAUGGUUGGUCUUGCACUUUUCAAAUAAAAUUGCAAACUAACACUCACGAUACGCGUGCUACUUA